UCGAUAACAAAAUGUACAGCAGCUGAUUCGAAGUGCAUCGUGCAAUCUGCUCAAGUAAUCAUCCCAAUUUUUGCCAAAGGCAUUCCUGAACUAGGCGUCGAAAAGCUAGAUCCUUUGCUUUACAAAGGAACUAUUGACGCAAGCACCGCUGGGCUGCAGCUGCUUCUGUCAAAUAUGACAUUUACCGGAUUGAAGGAUUGUGUCAUAAAGGAAGCUCAAAGAGACAAAGCCAAAUCAAAGAUCGAAGGAAAGCUGCUGUGUGAUGUAGACGCAAAUGGAAUCUAUGAAAUAAGCGGUAAACUGCUCAUAGUGACGGUUCGCGGACAAGGAAACAUACAUGUUGUGCUUCGGAAAAUUCUAAUCAGCAUUGAAGCCGAUCUAGCCGACAAAGUUGGCAAAGAAGGCAAGACGUACUGGAACGUCAAACGAUUCUCUCACACCUACGAACUUCAGGAUAAGGCUGACGUGGAAUUCGAGAACUUAUUUACAGGGAACGACGUGUUAGGACAAGCUGCGAGUCAAGUCAUAGCUAACAGUGGGAAUGAAAUCGUUCUUGAGGUUGGCCCACCCGUGGUCAAAGCACUGGUCACUAGAGUGGUCGUGAACAUCAAGAAGUUCUUCAGCAACGUCCCCGUAGAAGACCUAAGCUUAGACUAAACCUGAGAGAGCACUGGACUUAAAAUUAAUCAUAAAUUUUAAAGGUUAACUCAGUCAGU